UCCCCGUCGCUGCCGGAGAGUGGCGGCUGCCCCCGCUGCCUCCCCGCUUCGCGGCGGUAGCUCGGGCGCGUCGGGGGAAAACGGAGCCCGCGAGACCGACCUAAUAAAGUUUCCCGAAACAGCAACUCCUGCCCCGCUCCCCGCCCAAAGCCCGAGGUCGGGCGGGGGGAAAGAGCCCCCCUCCCUCCCCGCUUCCCCGCCCCUCUCCCACAGCCGGAGGGACCGUUGCAGGUGGAGCGGCGCCGGGGGCGGGGGAGAGCCGGGCUCCGGCGGCCGCCGUAGCCCCGGCGAGCGGGGCGCCUCGGGUCCUGCCCGCCGCUUCGGUUCCGGCUCCUCGGGUGGCCGCGGCGGCGGCGGCGGCGGCGGCCGCUGCGGGGCGGUUCCUCCUGUCAACUGCCUGCGCCCGCGCGCCGCCCGCCCGCCCAGCGCCUCGGCGCGGAGGGACGCCGUGAGCCGCCGCCGCCGCCGCCGUCGCCGCGGGCCGCGGAGGGACGUGGUGAGCUGCGGCGCUUCCGCGUCGGCGCCGCCGGGGGACUCUUUGGGAGCGCGUCGGGCCCGAAGCCCCGGUUCCCUUUCGCGCGGUCACAGCCGCGGCUGCGCCAGGUGGGGCCGGAGCCGCCUCCCGCGCCGCGCCGCGCCGUGCCCCCGCCGGCCUUCCUUCCUGCCGCCCGCCCGCCCUCGGAGUUAACCCCGGCCGCGAUGAAGAGCUGCUUACACUGAAAGGAAAAGUAGGUCGCGCCCACUGAAAAUGCCUUUAAGGGACAAAUACUGUCAGACUGACCACCAUCACCACGGAUGCUGUGAACCAGUUUAUAUCCUGGAACCUGGAGAUGCUCCUUUGUUACAGCAACCACUACAGACUUCCAAAUCUGGUAUUCAACAAAUAAUUGAAUGCUUUCGAUCAGGAACCAAACAGCUUAAACAUAUUUUAUUAAAAGAUGUGGACACUAUUUUUGAGUGUAAAUUAUGCCGCAGUCUCUUCAGAGGAUUACCAAAUUUAAUUACCCAUAAGAAAUUCUACUGUCCACCGAGUCUCCAGAUGGAUGACAACCUUCCUGAUGUAAAUGAUAAACAAAGUCAAGCCAUAAGUGAUCUCCUGGAAGCCAUAUAUCCGAGUGUGGACAAACGAGAAUAUAUUAUUAGGCUAGAACCUAUAGAAACUAACCAGAAUGCUGUAUUUCAGUAUAUUUCAAGGACUGAUAAUCCUACUGAAGUUACAGAGUCAAGUAGUCCUCCUGAACAAGUUGAAGUUCAAAUACAGGAAACUGCUAGCACUGAACAGUCUAAAACAGCAUCAGUCCCAGAUACAGAGGUGGAGACUGUAGAGCCCCCUCCUGCUGAGAUUGUUGCAGAUGAAGUUGCACCUGCACCUGAUGAGCAACCUCAGGAAUCACAGGCUGACUUGGAUACUUCUGACAAUUCUGAUUUUGGUCACCAGUUGAUAUGCUGUCUUUGUAGAAAAGAAUUCAAUUCCAGACGAGGUGUUCGUCGUCACAUUCGGAAAGUACACAAGAAAAAGAUGGAAGAACUGAAAAAGUAUAUUGAAACACGAAAGAAUCCAAAUAAAUCUAAGGGACGCAAUAAGAAUGUUCUAAUUCCAUUAAGUCGGAGUUGUCCAGUAUGUUGUAAAUCAUUUGCUACAAAAGCGAAUGUAAGGAGGCAUUUUGAUGAAGUUCAUAGAGGACUAAGGAGAGAUUCAAUUACUCCUGAUAUAGCAACAAAGCCUGGGCAACCUUUGUUCCUGGAUUCUGUUUCUCCUAAAAAAUCUUUUAAGACUCGAAAACAAAAGUCGUCUUCAAAGGCUGAAUACAACUUAACUGCAUGCAAAUGCCUCCUUUGCAAGAGGAAAUAUAGUUCGCAAAUAAUGCUUAAAAGACAUAUGCAAAUUGUCCACAAGAUAACUCUUUCUGGAACAAACUCUAAAAGAGAGAAAGGCCCUAAUAAUACUGCCAGCAGUUCAGAAAUAAAAGUUAAAGUUGAACCAGCAGAUUCUGUAGAAUCUUCACCCCCUUCCAUUACCCAUUCUCCACAGAAUGAAUUAAAGGGAACAAAUCAUUCAAAUGAAAAAAAGAACACACCGGCAGCACAGAAAAAUAAAGUUAAACAAGAUGCUGAAAGCCCUAAAUCAACUAGUCCGUCUGCUGCAGGUGGCCAGCAAAAAACCAGGAAACCAAAACUUUCAGCUGGCUUUGACUUUAAGCAACUUUACUGUAAACUUUGUAAACGUCAGUUUACUUCCAAACAGAACUUGACUAAACACAUUGAGUUGCACACAGAUGGGAAUAACAUUUAUGUUAAAUUCUACAAGUGUCCUCUUUGCACUUAUGAAACUCGUCGGAAACGAGAUGUGAUACGACAUAUAACUGUGGUUCAUAAAAAGUCAUCCCGCUAUCUUGGGAAAAUAACAGCCAGUUUAGAGAUCCGAGCUAUAAAAAAGCCCAUUGAUUUUGUUCUAAAUAAAGUGGCAAAAAGAGGCCCUUCGAGGGACGAAGCAAAACAUAGUGAUUCGAAACAUGAUGGCACUUCUAACUCUCCUAGUAAAAAGUAUGAAGUAGCUGACGUUGGUAUUGAAGUAAAAGUCACAAAAAACUUUUCUCUUCACAGAUGCAAUAAAUGUGGAAAGGCAUUUGCCAAAAAGACUUAUCUUGAACACCAUAAGAAAACACAUAAGGCAAAUGCUUCUAACUCACCUGAAGGAAACAAAACCAAAGGCCGAAGUACAAGAUCUAAGGCUCUUGUCUGCCUCGGGAAGCCGUCGCCCCGCAGCGCCGCCGCCCUGCGCCCGGCCGGCCCGGGGAGCCGCUGCCCGGCCGCGGGGGCCGUGACCACGCGCCAGGCCGCCGCCAGCUGCCGCGCCAAGCUCCGCGGCGGCGCCGCCCGGGAGCGCCAGCACGCCGCGCGGGGUCUGGGCAAGCCCUCGGCCGCCCCGUGAGCGCCACCUCCGCCCCGGCGACGUCCACUCCGCACCAGCGCUCAUCCUCGGGGUCGCCCAGCUCGCGCAGGACCCCCGCCCCGCGCCUCGCCUCGGACCCCGCGCCGCGCAGCCCCGCCCGCAGCAGGACCGCGUGCCUUAGGGCCGGCAGGUGCGGAGCACGGCCUCCCGGCCCGCUCGCGGUCCUUCUUCCUCCUGGCCGCCCCACCGAACCCGCCCCCGGAGACCCGCGCCGCGGGGCCAGGGCCAGCCCCUGCCCCCUCCGUGUAAUUGAUCGAGUUCCGUGUCCGUUUCUGCUAUGAAUUCUGCAAAGAAUGGCUCCGGGUUUGGUCAUCUCUGUCUCAAAUCCUAGCAUCCACAGGCGACCUCUGCUCCCCGACCUCCCACCCCUGCCUCACGCCCCAAUCCCCCGACCCCAGGUCUGCUCCCUCCUGCCAGAAGAUUGUUUAAAUAAUCGGACAGCCUCCCUGAGACUCUGCGGCAAUUGGCACAGCCCUGGGAGUUAAUAAUGCACAAUAUGAUGGAACUUGAACUCCAGCAUCCAGGCCCUUCUCGUAACUUUAUCUCCAGUACCCUUUCUUUCCCUCCAGAGUCAGUCCUUUAUCCCUGGGGCUGGUGUCCCGGGGAGAAUCCACUGUGGGCUUUGUGUGGAAUCCAUCCCCUCCCCCACUUUCUAGUACUGAGCACAGUAGGGCUGCUAGUGAAGGCCUGUGCCUGCGAGACACUGGAUUCCCCUAAGUUCCUAUGGCGGGCGCUUGGCAGCCCAGCUGAAAGUCCCUCAGAACCAGUCUCUGGUUCUUCCUCCCCCACCCUCCUCUCCUUUCUCAGGGGUGUGGGGGUGUCAGACUUGCAUCGUGGAUGGAGGCCUCCCACUCCCUGCUCACGAUUCCUGCCCAUUAUCCUUUGCAGAUGUUCUAAUAAAACGCCUACAAGUUGAACCCUGUCUUGGUGUCUGCUUCUGGGAGCAUCCAGACUAAGCUAUCAGACAUUCCAUUCUGAUCAUCAUCUUCCUUUUCAUUUGUAUCUAAUCCAUUAACCUCAUUCUCCCUCAAUGCUUAUUAGCCUCCCUCUCGGACUCCUUUCUUGUUUAAUCUAGAUGGCAUGGCCUAGCAAACCAUUCUCCCUGAAAUACUGUGCUCCAUUUCUUCCAGUUUGCUUUCCUGGCAAAAUCACAACUCUAGAUGAACCUUACCAUCUGCCUUCCACAUGCCUGGCCAGGCAGCUGGGCAUGUUCUGUUUGAGAAAAUGACAUAACCCAGCCCCUGGCCAAGAAUUCCGUAUUCGAUCUCAAACCUCAGAGUGGUGCUUCCCACCCCAUAAUCCCAGUCUCACAUCUAAAGCUACUUUAUAUGUGUUCCGCUCACUUCAGCAUUCACACUGUUCACAUUUCGCUAAGAAAAUAGAAGAGAUUGCACACAAAGGUCUUCAUCAUCCAUCCACAGAUCUCCCGCCUCCCCAUACCGCCACAGUGGUACCCUUCUUCUACAGCUUUUUCUCCUGUGUUCUGGAGCUUGUGCCCUCUCGCCUUCCACAGAUUUGUGUUCAGGUUUUCAUGUUCUCCCUCUCUGCUACAUCCCCUGGUCUCUCUGUUCAUUUCAAAUGAGUCACACUCAUGAGCUGCAAAUAGGCCUCAGGUCCCUCAUCUUAACCAAAUCUGCCUUGCUGCAAAUCUCCAUCUCUGCACUUCCAUGCCAGCCUUCUUUAUGGAGUCCUUUCUCUGUGUUGUCCCGAUGUUCUACUCCAAGCCUUCUUCAACUUUUCCCCACUAGCCACCCCAUUUCUUGAGAAAAAAAUGUAACACGGAUAAGCACUGCCAGGAAACACCUCAAAAUUCACGAUGUGGUUGAUUUGGAAUUAACUUUUUGGUCCUUAUGCAUCCAGAAACAUGGUAUUGUUGCCAGAGUUUUCACCCCACCUCCACAUUCAGCUGCAGGCCCACAGUUUAAGACACUUGGAUCGAAUCUCUGUUUUUCAGUUCACACUAUGAGCCCGUGUGACUUUUGUUAAGGCCACCAGGCACCUCCUCUAUUAUUCCUCUGUUCUUUAGGGUGCUUUUCACCCUUCACCAUGGCUGCUCUCCUGUAGAUGUUCUCUCCAGGACUCUUUGCUCCUGGCUUCCUUUUCUUGCACUUAUCCCUUCUCAGUAUUAUGCUCCAUCUGCUUCUCCCUCACUUUGAAAGAUUAAGGCUUCUCACCUCUAUUCUGGACCUUUCCUGAGUUCUCUAUUACUGUUGAGUCAAGUAUCAUUUUACACUACCAUUAAGUGAUUUAAGCAUCAUCUUAUGUUAAUUUUAAAUUUCUAAACAUCCAAUUGCUUGUAUAAUAAUCUUCUUUAAGAUGAUUCAUCUCUCAAAUUAUGUAUGUGCAAAUUCUGAUUUGUCAUCCUACCUCCAACCUGUUUCUCCUCUCUUCCCUACUACAGUAAACAGUACCACUGCCCAAACAGUUGCCCAAGACAAGAACGUAGGAGUCCUCCUUGGUUCUUGUCCUGAAUUCUCAGCCAGUGCUUCUUGACCCUGCUGCUUCCUAGGUUCAAUGCUAUCUCUUAAUUCUGAACAGUAUUUCUCUCACACAACUCUUGUGACUGCCAGCCCAACCUAGUCUCUUUCCUUGUACUCCUAAUUUACUACCCACUGUGAUACAUUCUUGAGAAGAGAGGUAAUACUGACUUUACGCAUAAGUUGAGUCAAAUAAACUGUGCAUACUAUAAAGUCUAAACUCCUUACCUCGGUUCACACUGCCCUGGUCUACCUGACUCUUACCUACGUGUUCCUCUCCAUUUCUAAGCCAUCUCAUGCCAAGAUCAUCUAUUCUUGCACCUCAGGGGUUUAGUAGAUACUACUGUGCAUGCCUAAGCUGCUUUCCGUGGCCACCCUUUCCUUCACCACAACUAUAUGCUUUAAAGAACUCCUAAAAUGCGACAUCUUCAGAAAGAUCCAUGCAGAGCACUUGCUUGAAAAUAGUCCUCAGUGUCCUCCUAUUUGCUGUCUUAUUUCAUUGUUUUUUUCUUUGAUUAAUCUAAUCCUUUAUUUCAAGUUGUAACUUCAUGUACGUGAGUGUGUGUAUAUGUGUCUCUUUUCCAUAUCGGAGUGAGUGAAGGAAAAUCCUGUGUCUGGGUGUUCAGAUUCUUCAACACUGUAUUCCAGCUCCUAGCACAAUUCUUGGCAAGUACUAGAUGCACAGUGAACAUCUGAUGAGGGAAUGGAUGAAGAAAUUUUCUAUGUUUUGUGCCAGGAGUUCACUUUUCACUGAUUUGUAAGAGUUCCUUCUAUAUUAAAUCCACUAACUAUUUGUUUCUUCUAUAUGCUGCAAGCCACUUUACCCUUUGUCAUAGAUGUGCCAAUUUAAUUCGUGAUGUCUCUAAUAUACAGAAAGAUUGCAUUUUUAUUUAGAUAAAUCUAUUUUUCUUUCAUGAUUUGUGCCCUUGGUGAUGUGUUUAAAAAUGUUGUCAUAUCAAUGUUCUAUAAAUAGUUGUCUAUGUUUUUAUUAAUUUUAAUUCUUAGCUUAAAAUCUUUACCCAGAAUUAAAUUUAUUUUUGAUAUAGAUGUAAUUAAAGGUCUAAAUAUUUAUUUAGUUGUGGUAUCAUUUAUUGUCAAAAUGUCCUCUCCCACUGUUUUGAGUUCCCUAUUAACCAAAUAUUAAAUUCUUACAUAUGCUUGGAAUAGCUUCUGGAUUUACUGGUUUGGUUUUGGGUAUCCUUUUUUCCUGAAUCCAUGGUUUUAAUGAUUUUUGUUUUAUACUUAAUUGUGUGGGGCUGGAGCGAUAGCACAGUGGGUAGGGCAUUUGCCUUGCACGCAGCCAACCUGGGUCCGAUUCCUCCACCCCUCUCAGAGAGCCCGGCAAGCUAUCAAGAGUAUCUUGCCUGCACGGCAGAGCCUGGCAAGCUACCCAUGGUGUAUUCUGUAUGCCAAAAACAGUAACAACAAGUCUCACAAUGGAGAUGUUACCGGUGCUCACUUGAGCAAAUUGAUGAGCAGUGACAGUGACAGUGACUUAAUUGUGGAUAACAGUGACAGUGACUUAAUUGUGUAAUUUUAAAAAUGGAGUUAAAUUACUCUUCUCAAAAUAUUUUCAGUUAUAUUAAAACAUUUAUUCUUCCAGAUUAACUUUAUAUUUUGAUAUAGUUUCAAAAUAAGUUCUGCCAGGGCCAGAGUGAUAGUAUAGUGGUUAGGGCACCCUUCUUGUAUGCGGAUGACAUGGAUUCUACCCCAGCACCACAUAUGGUCCCCAGAGUGGUCACUGAGUGCAGAGCCAGGAUUAAGCCCUGAGCACCACUGGGUAUGUCCCCCAAGCCAAAAAAAUACAUUAAGUUCUAUUGGCAUUUGCUUAUAAUUACCUUAACAUUAUAAAUUGGGGUGGCGUGGGAGUUUGGGACACACGCUACAUGUUUUAGUGCUAUUCUCAGAUUUGUGUUCAGAAGUGACUCCUAGUGAUGCUCAGGGAACAUAUGUGGUACCAGAGAUCAAUCUGGGGCCUGCCACAUACAGGGCAAGUGUUUCAGUCCCUAUACUAUCUCUUUGGCCCCUAGAUUACUUUGGGAGAACUGCUAUCUUUAUAAUAUUGUUUCCCUUUCAGAAAUUUGUUGCAUACAUGUUGAAGACUUCCUGUAUGUUACUUAGUAAUUUUGUAGAUUCUACAUAAUCUUUUGUUUGUUUGGGGGCCAUACCCAGUGGUGCUCAGGGACUACUCCUGGAUGUGCUUGGGGAUCACUCCCAGUGGUGGUUGGGGGACCAUGAAGUUCCAGGGACCAAUCCUGGACCUUCAACAGGCAAGACGUCCAAUCAGUCCUUUGAGAUACCUCUCUAACCCUGCUCCUGCAUAAUUUUUAUUAAUUAUAUUAUUGGACAGUUCUUUGUGGAGUUAUUUGAUUAUUAUGUUUUAUAACUGGUUGCUUCUUGUGGGAUCGGAAUUUUUAAAUUUGGUAAUAUUUCUGAAAUCUUUCAUUAAUACUAGUUUAUUUUCUUCUAAAAGUAGACAGUCUUUUUUUUGUAAUUCAAAAUUUUUUUCUCUUUUAUUACAAUUUUUAUACCCCUUAUGUUAAAUAAGUACUGGUAUUAAUUUUGUCUUUAUUUCUUACAUUUUAGGAAUGCCAUUAAUAUUUCACCAGAUAUUACUGUUAGUCAUUCAUUCAACUGAAAUAAAUGUUGUCAAGUUAAGGAAACAGUUUUCUGGUUCAAUAUAGUGAACAUUUUAUUGGAAAUUAUUGCUGAAUUACAGAUAUGUUAAACCAAGUGGAGAUAAUCAUAAAGAUUUACUCCCAUAAACUAUUAUUACAAUAAAUUAUGUGAAUAGAUAUCCCAAUAUUGGGUUAUUUUUGUAUCAAAGUCCUCCUAUUUCAUCAUGGUGUGUUUUUUCUCUUUCAGUAUAGUAAUGUUAAAUUCAGCUCCUUAUAUUUAAAAAAAAUUGCAUUUAUAGUCAUUGACAUGAUUAAGAUUUGUUUAUAGAUUGUUUGUUUUGGUUUUGGGCCAGACCCAUCAGUGCUCAGGAUUUACUCCUGGCUCUGCACUCAGGAAUCACUACCAGCAGUGCUCAGGUGACCCUAUGAGAUACCAGGAAUCAAACCCGAGUUGAUUGCAUGCAAGCAAGUGCCCUACCCCUGUACUAUCACUCCAGCUCCUGGUUUAUAGAUUUAUAUUCCUUAAUUCUAAUUCUGUAAUUUUCCCAAAAAUAUUCAAAACAAAAUUUCUCACUAUUGGGCCGGAGCGAUAGCACAGCGGGUAGGGCGUUUGCCUUGCACGCGGCCGACCUGGGUUCGAUCCCCGGCAUCCCAUAUGGUCCCCCAAGCACUGCCAGGAGCAAUUCCUGAGUGCAAAGCCAGGAGUAACCCCUGAGCAUCGCUGGGUGUGACCAAAAAAGCAAAAAAUAAAAUAAAAAAAAAUAAAGUACUCCUUUAAAAAAAAAUUCUCACUAUCUUCGGUAUAGGAAUCUACUUUUUAUGAGUAUGAAGGAACUCUUCUAUUGAGGCAUCAAUUUUUUUUCAGGGUGCAUAAUGAAAGAUAACCUCUGGAAAUUUUAUAGCUUCUAUGGUUUUAUCUCAAACAUGCUAAUAACUAUUUCUUGAGUAUAUAUUUAAAAGAUAAUAUUUUAGGGGGAGUGGAGAAAUAGUACAAUAGGUGGGCACUUGCCCUGCAUGCAACUGGCCCGGGUUCCAAUACCAGUGUACCCCGUAUGUUCCCCUAAGCACCCAAGAGAAAUUCCUUAGUGCAGAGCCAGAAGUCACUCCUGAGAAUCACCUAUUGUGGCCCCCAAACCAAACAAAAAUUGUUAAAAGAAUGCAUUUCCAAAGCCUUUAAGCAAUUAGCGAUAGCAUAGCAGGUAGGGCAUUGGCCUUGCACGCGGCCAACCCGGGUUCGAUUCCUCCAUCCCUCUCGGAGAACCCGGCAAGCUACUGAGAGUAUCCCGCCCGCACAGCAGAGCCUGGCAAGCUAUCCAUGGCAUAUUCAAUAUGCCAAAAACAGUAUACAAGUCUCACAAUGGAGACGUUACUGGUGCCGCCCGAGCAAAUUGAUGAACAAUGGGACAACAGUGCUACAGUGCUACAUACCUUAUAAUUUUAAAAAGUUCUUCAUGUUUGAAGUUUUAUCUCAUUUCCUUUUUCUUUUUUGUUUUGUUUUGAUUUGAUUUUGUUCUUUAGCAAUUGCUAGGCAUUUUAGCAAUGCCUAGGGGUUACUCCUGACUCGGCACUCAGGAAUUAUUCCUGAUGUGCUUGAGGGACCAUAUGGGAUGCCAGGGAUUAAACCCAGGUUCUGCACGUGCAAGCAUUUGUUCUACUUGCUGUACUAUCUCUCUAGCCCCUCAUUUUCAUAAUAUUUUUGGUUUUCUUUUUGAAAAGUUAGAUCUGCUAGUCUCAACGGAACAGUGAUUUUAUAAAUUCUCUUUUUUCCUGUUUUCUGUCGUUAAUGUAAUUUUUAGCGUAACUAAUUUUUUUAAAAAUUCUUUCCUUAAGUUUACUUAGUUUUUUUCCUGAAUGUUUUCUAGUAACAAAUGGAGAGUUAGCAAAUUUAUUUCAAGUGAUUUAUUAUUCAAUAAUAUUUAUUAUUCAAUAAUAUUAUUCAAUAGUGUAUUAUUGAAUAAUAGGACAUGAUACAAAUUUAUCUCUGAGCACAGCUUAGACUGCUGUACCUCAAAUGUAGUUCUGUGACUGUUCCUGAAACAAUCAUGAGUGUAAGUUUUCAUUUUAUUUUCAUCACUCAUACUGUUAACUCAGAUUUUUAAAUAAUACGUUUAUUAAUAUUUAUGUUUGUAUUUUAACAAAGAACUAUUUUUUUCCUGGAAAAUGUGUAACUAUCUGUGGUCUUAUUGGGAGUUGUGUGUGAGCAUAUUUUGGAGUUUCUUGUUCAAGAUUUUACCAAGCGUGUCAACUUAUGGUGUCUCUGCUAAUAACCAGCAUCAGGGAUUUGCUGUUCUAUUAUUAACAAAUUACUGCAAUUCUGAUUUCUGUAGAGUGUUCUUGUUGUUCAUAAAAAGACAGUAAAUAGGUUUUAAGAGAUGUAAAAUAUGCUCUGACAUAUAAAAUGUAAAUGAUAAUCAGACAAUUAGAGAAAUCCAUUAUCAAAUUCUGUGAAAUCAGUAAAACUUUAAAAAUUGUGAAUAUGAAUUUUGCCACAAAAAUUUGGCAGUUGAACACUUUUCCUUUAGACUUGAAAAGAUAGCUUUACAAAUAUUUAUUUUUAUAAAAACAAAUGUCAUUCAUGUUCAUAAAUAAAAGUUCCCUGUAACCCUUA